UCUAUCUCUCAAUAUUCCACACUUCUCUGUAUCUAUCUCAAUUUCUCUGUCUACACUGUGAGUUCAAUUUUUGCAAGAAUGAAUCAAGUGAUUAGGGGUUUGAAUGUCAGAGGCAGUACUAUGAUGCAGCGUUCAACAAUGGUUGAUGAUGUUUUGAUCCUUGAUUCUUUUGUCGGCAACAACAUCAUGUCUUCUUCACGAUCAUCAACAACAAGGGUCAAUCAUCCAUUGAUGGUCAACAAUCAUGUUCCCGCUCCUGUUAUGCCGCCAUGGUCGAUGCUUGAUCACACCAUUGUUUUUCAUUCUAACUCUAUCGCUAAUAUGGGUCACCACCACCAACAACAACAAAACCCUAAUGUUACUCGAGUGAUGAAUCGUGGUGUCAAUCCUCGUCAAAAUUUUCAACAACUUUUAAUACCCAUUGAUGAUGAUGAACCAAAGACAACAACAGGGUCUUCUGCAGAUUCCGAUUCAACAUGUUCCAUAUGUCUUACCGAGUUAUCCACGGUUCCUCGACUACCGUUCGGAUGCCUAAACACUGUUGUUCCCAUUUAUUUCAUCUUGAUUGCAUUCAAGAGUGGCUGAAUGUUAAAUCGACAUGUCCUUUGUGUCGCCGCGAUGUUUAAUAGUUACAAUAUUUUCUAUGUAGGUUGAUUGAUUUAGUUUAGGUGAAAAUAUUCAUGUGUUGUGAUGAUAGCUUUUCUAAACACAUUAUUCUAAAUUUUUCGAUGCAUUUAUCUCUUUUCCUUUAUUGAAUGGGAAAUGUAAUGUGUGAGAAUUAAGGCCAUGUCAUCAGAUUUAGCAUAUUUUAUC